AUGUCCUUGCCAGUGAUUGACGUUUGGGCCAACCCUGUCUUUCCCCUAGACGAGGGUGUGCCUGAGGCGCGUCGUUUAUUCGAACAGUCCCAUGCGGAUAGUAGCUUGCUAUCGCAACGACGCACACCUGACGAGCUUGUCGCUCUUAUGGACGCCGCUGGAGUAUCACAGAUAUGCCUCUGUGCGUGGUAUCGACCAGGGCAAGCAGUUUUUUCCAAUGAAGACGUAGCGCAGUUUACGCGCGCCUAUCCUGACCGUUUCAUUGGUAUUGCCAGUGUUAACCUACUUGACCCUGUAGGUUAUGUGAAAGAGAUAGUAAAAUAUGUGACGGUGGAGGGGUUCAAAGGCGUUCGCGUUGUACCAUGGCUUUGGAACCUACCGCCCACCGAUAGGCAUUACUGGCCGCUCUAUGUCAAGUGCAUAGAACUCGAUAUCCCGUUUCUUACCCAGGUCGGACAUACCGGGCCCCUCUGCCCUAGCGAAGUCGGCCGGCCAGUUCCUUACAUUGAUGAGGUUGCGCUCAAAUUUCCCUCCUUAUCUAUAAUCUGUGGACAUCUCGGGUAUCCCUGGACACAGGAAAUGAUCGGGGUAGCUUGGAAACAUCCGAAUGUCUACAUCGACACUUCAGCUUAUUUACCCAAAUACUACCCACCGGAACUGAUUCAGUUCGCAAAUACUAUUGGACGAAAGAAGGUCAUGUUUGGAACCAACUUCCCUCAGCUGAGCUGGGCCAAGUGCCUUGAGUCGGUUAGAAAAGACAUCAAGCUUCGUGAUGAAGUCAGAGCAGACUUCCUAGGUGGAAACGCUGCAAGGGUACUCAAAUUGGACUUUCCAGCCUUGCAUAAAGGAAAGCUAUGA